AUGACAUCCCAACAGACCGACAACACUGAAACCGCCGUAUCCAUUCCGGAACCAGCAGCAACGACGCAGAAUAGAAACAGUAAUGCGAGCCGGCUUGGAAAUGCACCGCCAUACACUGCCAAAUACGACGUGUACCUUGACGACGAGGCUCCGGCUUAUACUAUCAUUGACACUAGCGCUCAGAGACGAGCUGUUAAGAAUGACAAGAGAGUAUGUGGAGGUUGCAUUCCCGAACGUAACGCCGUGGUUGCUGUAUUCGCUCUAUAUUUCUUCUUGGGCGUAGUAUACACCGCCAUAGCUCUUGCUGGUCUGGUGUUUAACGGAUCAGCAUAUGAUAAGACAAUGUCUUUUCUCGACUUUGUCUUGUCUGUUAUGAUGACUGCUGCUGGCAUAUGUGGAAUGAGAUUUGUCUAUGCUGAGAAUGCCAAUCGAAUGCGCAAAUUGGCCUGUGUUUUAUGGUUCAUCACUCUCGCUAGAUUGACGUACAGCUCGAUUGAUUUCGCUUAUGAGGUCAUACAUAAGCAGGACAGCAUCAACAACUGCAAUGAUGCCGUGCGAGAGUACGCUGAGGAGAACGGAGAAUAUUUAGAUGCAGACUGUGAUGCGGCAGUCAGAGACCAGCUGAUCCGUGAUGGAUUGAAUCUAUUCUUGUUUGAAACAUUACAAGUGUACUUUGCAUUUAUCGUAUUUAGGUACGCUAAGCGAAUGGGUAAAACGGCAAAGAGUCCUCUUCCGCUGAGCGAUGGUGGACACGUCAACAAUCUACCGCCAACAUACGCCGUAUAUGCUGCACGUGUUCCAACUUCGAGUGACUGGAUUCCACCACCGUAG